GGUCUGCUCAGAUACUAGGAUGUAACUAAUACACACAAUACAUAGUUGCUUUUGAUACUUAUAAACAAUAUCAGUAUUUAUAAACUGAGCAUUCUUUAAAAAUGAAAGCGCAGAGGAAGGCGUGUUUAAACCCCAGUAGGUCCAAUGUGCUGCUCAGGGUUGCUGAAGCCUGGCUGGCCAGGCACCCGAUCUGUCCCCCAGGUUCAGUCAGGAGGCACCUUGGGAGGUUGAGGGGGCCCUACGAGGCGAUCUGCCAAAACUCCUGCCACACGGCAGACCCCCAGGUCAGGGCUUCACAUUCUGGAAGUCUCAUUUCCAGUUUGCUUGGGGAAGACCUCCGCCAGCGGCAUUCCUCUGCCUCUGUGGUCUGGCCCGUGCGUGGGCCUCAGCUGGCCCAGAGGCGCAGCCCAGAGCACGUCCGCCUCUAGGGGAACAGAUGCCCAGUCCUUGGAAUGUGCCGGGACCGCCAGCCACGGACUACUUGUUACUUUAUGUUUAAGUAGCCACGAAGCAGCAGUAUGGGGUGAUGGGGUGUGCCUUGGUGUCCUUGUCACUGGGUGAAAGGGCUUGUGAUAAACGGCCCUGGGUGUGCAGCCCGGAGCCCACACUUCUCCAGAAAAGACCUCUUGGCCGCCAUUUGCCCAGAAAACGAGACCUAGGUGGUCAUCCCCCAGGGAGGGCCUCACGGGCACUCCAUCCACAGGCACAGGCAGCAUCGAGAUCCCCGUGCUCUGUCUGCUGGUCAACGGCAACCCCGGCACCCUGGAGGUAGGGCAGGUCGCCUGGGGGCUCCUGCAGGGCCCUCCCACCUGGAUGGGAGGAGGUGGGAGGGCUGGGACACCAUGCAUGGACACAGCACGGAACCCAGAGCUGAGUGGGCGUCCACUCUGUCCACCCUGCCCCCACCCCCAGAGGAUGUCCAGGGCUGUGGAGCAGCACGCUGCCCCGUGGCUGAUCCUGGCGGGCUCGGGGGGCAUCGCCGAUGUGCUGGCUGCCCUGAUGAGCCAGCCCCACUUCCUGGUGCCCCAAGUGGUUGAGAGGCAGUUUAAAGAGAAGUUCCCCAGCCAGCACUUCUCCUGGGAGGACAUCAUGUACUGGACCCAGCUGCUGCAGAACAUCACCUCCUACCCGCACCUGCUCACCGUGCACGACUUCGAACAGGACAGCUCCGAGGAUCUGGAGACCGUCAUCCUCAAGGCGCUGGUGAAAGCCUGCAAGAGCCACAGCCAGCGAGCACAGGACUACCUAGACGAGCUCAGGCUGGCCAUGGCCUGGGGCCACGUGGACAUCGCCAAGAGUGAGAUCUUCAGCGGGGACGUGGAGUGGAAGGCCCGUGACCUGGAGGAGGUGCUGAUGGACGCACUGAUGAGCAACAAGCCGGAGUUCGUGCGUCUCUUUGUGGACAACGGCGCCGACGUGGCGGCCUUCCUGACGUACGGGCGGCUGCAGCAGCUGUACCUCUCGGCGACCCCCCAGGGCCUGCUCUUCGGUCUGCUGCAGCACAAACGCCAGGGGGGCCGGCUGGCGCUGGCCGGCCUGGCCACCCCACAGGCCCGGGAGCCGCCCGCCUUCUCCCUGCUCGAGGUCUCCCGUGUGCUCAAGGACUUCCUGCAGGACGCCUGCCCCGGGCUCUACCAGGCGGAGAGCGGGCCGGCCAGGCAGCCUGAGGGCCGGAGACGGCUGCUGGACCUGAACGAGAGGAGCGAGGACCCCUGGAGGGACCUGUUCCUGUGGGCCGUGCUGCAGAGCCGCCACGAGAUGGCCAGCUACUUCUGGGCCAUGGGCCAGGAGGGCGUGGCCGCCGCUCUGGCCGCCUGCAAGAUCCUCAAGGAGAUGUCCCACCUGGAGACGGCGGCCAAGAGGGGCCCCAUGUGUGAGGCUAGAUAUGAGCAGCUGGCCCUCGACCUCUUCUCUGAGUGCUACAGCAACAGCGAAGACCACGCCUUCGCCCUGCUGGUGCGCCGGAACCGCUGCUGGAGCAGGACCACCUGUCUGCACCUCGCCACCGAGGCUGACACCAAGGCCUUCUUUGCCCAUGAUGGGGUGCAGGCCUUCCUGACCAAGAUCUGGUGGGGGGACAUGGCCUCGGGCACACCCGUCCUGCGGCUGUUAGGCGCCUUCCUCUGCCCAGCCCUCAUCUACACCAACCUCAUCACCUUCAGUGAGGAGGGCCCACUGAGAACGGGCCCGGAUGACCUGCAGGAGCUGGACAGCCUGGGCACGGAGAGGAGCCAGCUGUGCAGCCGGGGCAGGUGGGAGGGCCCAGAGCUCUGGUGCCUGUGGCCCGGAGACUGGACUCCUGGGGGCAGAGGUGGGGCCCCACGGGGCACCCGGCCACCCGCCUCACCACUGGCAUGGCCUCCCCUGUGGUACAGGGUGGAGGAGCUGGCCGAGGCACCCAGGGUUCAGGGCGGCAGAGGGCCGCGUGCCGCCUUCCUGCUCACACGCUGGCGCAAGUUCUGGGGUGCACCUGUGACCGUGUUCCUGGGGAACGUGGUCACAUACUUUGCGUUCCUCUUCCUGUUCGCCUACACCCUGCUGGUGGACUUCCGGCCGCCUCCCCAGGGGCCGGCAGGGCCCGAGGUCAUGCUCUACUUCUGGGUCUUUACGCUGGUGCUGGAGGAGAUCCGGCAGGUGGGUGGCAGCGCCGCCCCCGCCCUGGCCCUCCAGUCCUGGCCUGGUGUGGGCGGGGCCAUCGCCGGGGCAGCAGCCGGGCGGCUGGCAGUGGACCCUCUGGCCUUCCACCAGGGCUUCUUCACCGAUGAGGACACACACCUGCUGAAGAAGCUCACCCUCUACGUGGAGGACAACUGGAACAAAUGUGACAUGAUGGCCAUCUUCCUGUUCGCAGGAGGCGUCACGUGCAGGAUGCUGCCCUCGGUGUUCGAGGCCGGCCGUGCCAUCCUCGCGCUCGACUUCAUGGUGUUCACACUGCGGCUCAUCCACAUCUUCGCCAUCCACAAGCAGCUGGGCCCCAAGAUCAUUGUCGUGGAGCGGAUGAUGAAGGACAUCUUCUUCUUCCUCUUUUUCCUGAGCGUGUGGCUCCUGGCCUACGGCGUGACCACACAGGCGCUGCUGCACCCUCACGACGGCCGCCUGGAGUGGAUCUUCCGCCGCGUGCUCUACCGGCCCUACCUGCAGAUCUUCGGACAGAUCCCACUGGACGAGAUUGACGAAGCCCGCGUGAACUGCUCCGCACACCCUCUGCUGCUGAAGGACUCGCCCUCCUGCCCCAACCUCUACGCCAACUGGCUGGUCAUCCUCCUGCUGGUCGCGUUCCUGCUGGUCACCAACGUGCUGCUCAUGAACCUGCUCAUCGCCAUGUUCAGCUACACGUUCCAGGUGGUGCAAGGCAAUGCCGACACGUUCUGGAAGUUCCAGCGCUACCACCUCAUCAUGGAGUACCAGGAGCGCCCCUCCCUGGCACCCCCCUUCAUCCUCCUCAGCCACCUGAGCCUGGUGCUCAAGAGGGUCUUCCAGAAGGAGGCCAAGCAGAAGCGGGCACGCCUGGAGAGAGACCUGCCAGAGCCCUUGGACCAGAAGAUGGUCACCUGGGAGGCAGUUCAGAAGGAGAACUACCUGGGCAAGCUGGAGAGGCAGAGGAAAGACAGUGGGGAGGAAGUGCUGCGGAAAACCGCCCACAGGGUGGGCUUCAUCGCCAAGUACCUCGGGGGGCUACGAGAGCAUGAGAGGCGGGUGCAGCGCCUGGAAUCCCAGAUCGACUACUGCACGGUGCUCUUGACCUCCAUGGCAGACACACUGGCCCAGGGCAGCGCCUACUGGAGUGAGUACUCUUGGAACUUUGGUGGUGGGGACCUGCGAGCCUCUGCUGACCACGGAGGGGGCCUGGGCAGCAAGGAGCACGAAGAGGCUGGCCACCUGCCCUCGGACACCUAGGCCACCCAGACUGUCAGCCUGUGGGGCCCACCUCUCCCAGAGCCCCAGGCCCAGAUAAGGGUGGUGAGGUGGGGGGUGGCCCUUAGCUGGUCACCCUGGGCCCCACAGCAAAUUAUCCCAACCUCUGGUGGCUCCUGUGACGGUGUCAAAAGAAACUAGUCCCUGCCCUGCUGGCACUGCCCAGGCCUGGGAGUGGAGCAGCUCGCGGUGGGCCCCCUCCCCGGGUCCUCAGCCAGGACUGCGCGGCCAGGCCAGGCCGGCCAGCACUCCCUGAGCGCCUCAUCCGGGGACCUCCCGUCUGCGGGCAGCAGUCUUGGGCCCGUCCCUGUCCCCUACUGGGCCUGUGUUGCCUAAGAGACUGAUUUGUUUUCAAGUGAGUGGUUAGAAUUUCUGUCCUUUAAGACCCAGGGCCAGCGUGCAGUGCAUGUGUUUCUCCCGCCCCCGUGUGUCCCCCAGCAGCACCCCGUACACUGAAGGCCACACUGUCCAACCUGGGCAGUGGCCCCAGAGCACCUUCCUCUGCCCCUGAGCUGCCGUACCUCCGACGGAGCCUGUGAGGCACGCUGGGCAGGGACAGGGCCUGCCUGCCCCGUGGGGGUGGGAUCCAGGCUCCUGUGCUCCCCCAGCCAGCCAGUACCUCCUUCCCUUGGGGCGGCAGAGCCAGGCCUGGGCCCAGAUGGUCAGCAGCACAGCAGGCUGGCUGACCCUCCGUCCUGCCACUAGUCACA